GUGCCCCGUCCACAGGUGUGCAUUUUGCCGCAUCCCAAAGAGGUCCAACCCGGCCUCGCCCAUCCGCAAAACCCCCAUCGCCAAGUCUCUGCCGCCGCUCCCGGCCAAACCCAGCCCUCUUACCGAGUCUGUUGUCUCGGCCAUCUCUCCCAGACACCAGUCCGACUCGUUCUCCAGCGGCAUGAGCAUCCAGGAUCCCAGCGCAUCUGCCUCUCGCUCGACCCAGACUCCCACCGAGCGAGCCUCAACCGGCUCCAGCUCGCAUCGUAGCGCCAAUAAGCACACCCAGUUCGAGGUCGAGCCAUCCACAGGACGCAGCGUCGCGGAUGAGCCCAGUGCCGGUCAAACGGGGCCGGUGUUUCAUUCGUGCGGUGCUCUGCCAUCCGACCUUGAGAGGUCAGCUCCGUCCGUGCAGCCGCCCCCAGAGCCCGCCGUCCACCGCACUGCUUCACACGAGCAGCAGCCCCGAGGCUCGGACCAAGCCGAGGAGCAGCCAAAGGGCCGAGCAACGAUGGUGGAGAUGGCCAUGCAGACCGAGGAGGAGGUUGCCGGAUUUCGUCCCGGCGCUGAGCCCAACGUCCCUGCCGCCGCCGUCGCCGCUGCCGUCCACCACAAGAUCGCCGAGCUCUCCAAGGCCCUGGCCGCGACAGAAGACCGUCCACAUGCGUACAAGACGCUGGCCCACCCCUUUGUGCUCCUGCUUGUGCUCCGCAAGAUUCUCCUGAAAUCCGACGGGCGGGACAAGGUCUUCAAGAUCGCCCAGUACAUCACCAAGCUCCUGCUCUGGAGCCAGUGGCUGCCGGCAUCGAGGGUCAAGCGCCUCGAAAAGGCCGUUUCGAGCCUGUCCAUCUGCCGCAAGAUCAUCCGCCUCGGCCUUGUGCUGGACCCACUGACACAGCUGCACGAGAACGGCAUCGUCUUUGGGUCGCUCACCUUCCGGCCCAGACCCAACAGCCUCACCCCAAUCCAGCAAGUCUACUGCUGGCUUGCCGUCAUGAACGACAUCUCCGACGACCUUAUCUGCCUUUCCAAGAUCGGCGUGCUGUCGGAUUCGUGGGCCGGCCGGAUGACACCCGUCUCGGACCGCCUGUGGUUCUCGACGAUCUGGAUCGAUCUGUGGUUUGCCCUGUGGGACUACCGCUCUUGUGUCAAGCACCACUGGGCCCUCAAACAGCCCUCCGUCCCCAGGAAAGCCAUCUCCGGUUCCACACCGCUGCCAACACGACCGACCGCUCAACCAGUCGAGAAGGACUUGAAGCAGUCUCGCGAGCGCCUGUUCAUGGCCAAGCUGCAGAUCCUCAAGCUGCUGGCCGACGGCCUCUUCUGCGGGCUCGAUGUGUUCUAUCCCUCCAAGCCGAGCGGCGGAUCCAUGGAACUCACCCAGCUAUGUGCGGCCCUAGUUUCUGGUGCCGCUGGAACAUACAAGCUGUGGACCAAGAGCGAGCUGUGAUCCCACGCACCAUCACGGCGCCACGAACUGCUCAGCUGCCUCUAGCAGUCGCUUGAUACAUCAUUCACAUUCAUAACCGCAUACAAUUGAGAAGCCCCUGAGUUUCGAGGGCAUGAGCUACUGCUGUCGUGGUUCAGUACCGAUCCCUACAUAUAUAUCACUUUGUCCAUUCUUGA